AAUACGUUAAGGUUUGACAUUACAGCUAUGCCCACCGACCGAGAAAACUUAUGUGCAAAGGCAACUACAUCUUAAAUAUGCAGUGCCUUAACAUUAUUUUCAUCACUAUUUCUUCUAAUUGAAUAGGAAUUUCGGAGUGGAAUCUCUCACUAUGAGUUCUUCCAUCUCAUCUCACUCAUCUUUGUCUCUCAAUUUGGAGAACAAUGGUGUUUACGUGCUUGAGAAACGAAGCGGAGUGUCCUUCCCUUCUAUCUUAGGCCCUUCGCUCAAACUCUGUGGAGUUGGCUUGCGCAAAAAAAGCCUUAUUCCAUUCAUCAGCUUUGAUGUUUAUGCAUUUGGUGUUUAUGCUGCUGAUUUGGACAUAAAGAAAUAUCUUUCUUGGAAGUAUAAGAAGUUUUCUGCGUCCAAAUUACAGGGUAAAAAGGAGUUUACCGAUGACCUCAUGGAAAAUGAUAUAUUCAUGGCAGUUAGUCUUCAAAUUAUCCAUGAUGGAUUGAGCAUUCCUAAGGUGCGUAGUGUAUUUGAAGAGUCUGUGGGAAGCAGACUGUACAAGUUUGGGGGAUCGGACAAUAAAGAAUUGCUUCAAAGGUUCACUUCACUGUUCAGAGAUGAAUACAAAAUACCUCGUGGAUCUGUAAUUCAUCUCUUAAGAGAGAAAGGUCAUGUUCUUCGUGUAUUGAUUGAUGGACAAGAGGUGGGAAGCAUCCAGAGCAAACUCCUAUGUAAGUCUAUUUUAGAUUUGUAUGUUGGGGAGGAAGCAUUUGAUGAACCAGCUAAAGAAGAAAUUGAGAACAAUGUGGCUACAUAUCUCUAGAUGUUGAACCUAUAACUAAGAAUCCUCUAUAAGACAUUGAUUAUAUACCCUUGUUUCUUUAUAUUUACUUUAAAGUUGUUGAUGCAUACUUUCAUCUUUAAGAUUGCAAUAUGUAUUUAGUUAUAUUUCUAAUAAUUAUCUUAUUUUGACAUUUGUU